AUGCGGAGUGUCCUCCAUGCGCUCAUACUCGUCACCGUCGUCGUUAGCCGUGCUCCAGAGGAAGAUUCUUCUGAAGACGUCGCUGAAACUGUUGCCCCCACCACACUGGUCAAGGUUCUCUCCAUGCUCCAUCUCUUCAGAAAAUAUCUAAAAGAAUGUAAAAAUUACAAGCGAGUUGUUUGUUGUCUAUUUUUUUUUCUCAACUAGGGGCUUUUUCAACCUGGAAAUCAUUCUCGUGGUUUAAAAAAAGCUUUGUAACGGUUGUCGCUGUAUCUUCUGUUUUGAAAUUUUCCAAAAUUUUGCAAAAAAAAACUUUUCUUGGUUAUAUGGUUCAGUAAUUGUGAUAUAUCUGAUCGUUUUGCAGGGAGCAAACUGCGAACUUCCAGCAUUCACCAACCUUCUGCCACUUCAUUAUCGCAGAGAACUACGUAAAAUCUGGUCAGGAUUCAUAACCUCGGCGGCGGCGAAGAAAUGCGAAAGGUGAGGUUUUCGGAAGGAAAAAACUCUCCUUUGGUCGAUCGUUUUCCUAAUCCCCGACACGAUUCAGACAGCUGGCGCAGACGCGUGAACUGGUGGAGAGCCUUCCUGAAGACGUGAAGGUGCGCGUUCUCGAGUGGGGGAGCACCGGAACGGCUCCGUCCAAAACCUCUUUUCUCGUUGGCCUUUCCGUCGAGCAGACUCGCGAGUUUGCCGCCGUAAGUCCUUUUACUCUUGCUUUUGUCAUCUUGGCAGCUUGCAGAUAAUGGGUAACCGGUCUCGGAGCGCUUCGGAAAGAAGUCAAUCACUGCGAGAAUGGGCCAGCGUCACGCUGGACCUCGACGCCGCCAAUCAGAUGGAGCAGUUCAUUCAGUUCUUGAAUCGCAAACAGAACAGCUUCGAACUCAAGGUGUGCGGCUCUUGAUCUGUUUCUAUUGAAUAUAGUUUCUUACUUUCUUCUUUCUUAACAUUAACUUUUGAGAUUAACGUAAAAAUACAAAAACCCUGACUGACGUGAUCUGAAGCUUUCAACGUUUCGUUCUACCGUCAUAUGAAAGAAACACGCCUUAUUUUGAGAAAUGGCAGUGAAAAGCUUUUCAAAAUUUGCAGGUAAGCAAACUGUCUCCAGAAGCUAAGAAGGCGCAUGUGGAGCUGGAAAACCUGCGAAAAAUGAAGCAGCAGGUGUACAGCGCGCUGUCCAGUACGGUCAAACGCGAACUCGCCUCUCUCUACAGGUGAGGAAGCAAUCAUUCAGUUGCGCUCCAGGGAAAAAUUAAAGAGCGAAAUGUCCUCGAGGCAACGUUUGGGACAACGGCGAACUGGACGCCGAAGAAAUCCAGUUGGCCUGUUCGAGCGGUUUGUGAAAGAGAAUAAUACCUUGAUUGACUACCCGAAGUACAGCUCCGGAAGAACGCACAUCAAUAGCGACUUCCACUACUACACUGACCCCGAUGACGUCAUCGUCUGUAUCUCCAACGACUUCGCAGUCGACGACUUCUUCAGCGUCUUGGGGCAAACUGAACGUCACCGCGGCUCCGUCGACCGAAACCACGUCAUCUGAGUCGACGUCCAUUUUCUUGUCGUCGUCUGCCGUGCCGUUGAUUCCUCCAAGGCCACGCGGCAUCAACAACGGCUUCACCUCUUCUAACAACGCCUCCACAAGAACUUUUGUCGAAGAUCCUUCCAAACUAACUUAUUUAAUGCGAAAACUCUUUCCUCACAAUUUCAUAAUUUAG